GCCGUAUGGAUCUCGUUGUCGCGGUCCCCGAUGGCCAGUAUGAGCUCGACUAGCAGAGUCAACGACUGAUCUUUCUGCCGUGCCUCCCGCAGCGCUUCGAUCGCUAUGUUGAAGUCCCGGACGGAAAGAGAAGCAGACGUGUCAACAAGGUGUUCUCUAAUAGCUUGCGCAACACCAUUCACACUGCCUGCCAUCUGCGCACGACGGAUGGCAUGCACGGCUGCUGAUUCCGGCGGAGGACGGGGAGGCUCCACUGUUUGAGGAGCAGCGGGGUCUGCAGAAUCUAGAGCGGUGGCGGAGAGCGGAGGGAGAGGCGCUGUUGCCGAGGAAUGCAGUGGAGGAAGAGCUGCAGCCUCUUCGGCGGCAACCAGACGGGGAGACGGAGGCGAACUCGAUGUCGAGUUUCUACGAACCAGAGCCGGCGCAGGGGGUGCGACUGCUGCGUCCUGUUCGUCUGGGGAAAGCGCCGCUGUGAAAGCGUGCCUUGACCGCGCAUGCAACUGCACAGUCUUGAGGAUGCCUGCCGGCGGCGCGUUCGGGGAGGGAGAAGACGAGGAGGAGAGGCUGUAGCUACGCGGGCGUUUGCGCGAGGAGGUGUUCAACGAGACACGGUGGGAUAUGACCAAAUCCUGUUCUUCCUCGUCGGUCGGCGCGACGCUUGUGUCCUGCGACGACAUGGCGUUAGCCUGCGUCACCGCGCGACCAGCGCCGCCGUAGCCCGACUGGAAACGACUGCCGGUGUACUUUUGACCUCCCGGCCCAGGCCCAUUGCUCGACCCCCCACUCGAGCUGGGUCCCGCGCGGGCACCCGCGGGUGACGAGCUGGAUGAGGAAUGGAGGACAUUGCGGAGUGUAUGAUGGGAUUGGUUCUGGGCCGCGACAGCUGCCCGAGAAGUGCUGUGGAGGAGCUGGGUUGCGACCUUGGGUAGCAUUGGAAGGUGCUAGCCCCGGCCGAGUUCUGUGCGGAGUCAAAACCAAACAACUCAGACAGAUAUCCUGACGGCCCUUCGACACGAAUCACUUCGGCAGACGGCAGCGAAAAAAAGACGUCCCGAGAUUGUCCGAGUCACGCUCCGUACACGUGCCGUCCAUGAUGUAAGUCACAUGGGGCGCGAUUGAUGUGCCAUCUUCAUACAAACUGCCCCGACCUUUCAACGACAACGCGAUGCCCUCAUCCUUUUGAACCCUUGAACACCCGUUACACGGUUACAACUCGGUGGAAUAAUCAGCGCACUGGUUUGGUGCCUACCCAUCGACGCGGCUGAUGGGUCAGUCAUCGAGGACUAGAGAGCUACAAGCAAAGCUUCAAUUCCAACCCCCACCGCUUGAUGUGGUGAUCUCAGAGGAGACUGUUCUCAAUCUCGCAAAGUACACCCUCCAUUUGAACGUUUGCGAGGUGGGGAUACCAGGACCUGGUGGCGGGCAACACAAUUUCGUAAAGUGUGACCAGGAUAUGGGAUGCUGGUGGCUCUUCUUCUGGCAUCAGAUCAAAAGACACACCAUCGUCAAAGGCAAAUCGUUCUUCCAGUGUGAUCUCACGAAAUGCAGUGCCCGGGUCCACCAGAGCGAAGCGGCGCUGCACAGGCAUGUCGAGUCCUCGCACAUGAAGGGAGUCUACUUCCCUUGUCCCUUUACCGACUGCCGGUCAUCUUCUUCUGUCUCUGGUCGUACUGCAAAGCCACACCUGUACGAUCGGGAACGAGACCUCAUUCAUCACAUUAAGACAAAGCAUGAAGCCAUGAUAGGGAUGACGCUCUCCUACAUGUCGCCUCUUCUACUACCGAGUAUGCGUCCUCGGCCCAUGUCCCUUGAUCCACCGCCCGCACUCCCAUUAGACAGAAUACCAGUCACUCGUCUACGGGUCGAGCUGUCGCCGCAAAUCCACGUCCGGACCAGCGGAUGGCAGCAACGCGCACCAAAUCUGCGCCCACACAUGCCAAUGCAAGAACAGUCCGAGGCGUCGUACUUCACUUUAUUGCCACCGCAGGGCGCCACUGCCGGCCGCAUCAAGGCAGCGCGCCGAACGAAAUUAUCCAAGGCCUCGUCCUUCUCCGAGCUCUCGCAGACACAGAAUCUGACUCGGGCGAAAGACGAGAACGAGUGUGAAUACGACUUGGCCAUGUUGGACGAAAUUUCAUGGGACGAGACAAGUCGGAUUCUCAUCCCGGAGCAGGCGACGAAACCUCCAUUCUUCGAUGUACAUCCACGAGAUAAAGAGUUCGAGCGCGCAGUGACAGUCUCUGGACCGGUAUUUCUACCAGAAACGCAGCUCCCUGAGCACACGCCCAAAAUCAGCAUUUUCUACAAUGUGUUGGCUACUCGAUACUACAAGCAGCUGGCUGAUGGAGAGGAGCCUGCUGCAUAAUUCUUGCAACGUGUGUAUUGAUAGUCGCCGCACCUUACAGUGCAAUUAUCUGACAUGACCACCCAGAAGCUACGUGAGUUAUUAUCUCUGAAUCAGGGGAGCCUCGAAUUUGAAUCGAUGGCUCGGGUUCCAGGUGCUCGAAUUCACCUCUUGAUCAGCGACAGGAUGGCGCAGCUCCCAGCGGAUUGGACGCCAAGCCACCCUGGCAGCCAGCCCACCCCAUUGGCAUCGAAGGCUGGCUUUCUUGCGGCAUCAAUGCCAAAAUUAUUGGGACCCAUGACUGAUUGGGACGAGCCGCUCAUGACCAAUGUUCAAGUUGGUGUGCUGAUGAAAGACGUGCUAGGCCUUUGGCAAGCGAGGCGCGUCGACUGGGUGUGACAAGAACUUAAUGAUCUCAGAUCCCCAGCGCCGGCAGACCGAAGUGAAAGC